AUGUACGAGUGUCCCAGUUGUCACAAUCCGUACAAAUGGAAGAAAUCGAUGCUGUCGCACCUGAGGAAUCAGUGCAAGCAACCGCCGCGAUUCGAGUGUCCCCACUGCGCGAUGAAGAAUUACCAGAAGGCGCACAUGAUCCGACAUCUGCGCGUCCAUCAUCCGCAGCUCGCGCAAAUGUUCUGGGACCGAAAGCUCAACAAUUUCUUUCGAUACCACAUCCUGCCGCUUCCGUUCGGACAGAGCAUGAGCUACAAGAGCCGAUCGGGAUCGAUCGGAAAACGUAGCUUGGAAGUGCGACAAAACGUGAAACGGAGAGGCCUGAAGAUGAGUCCCAGCGACAAGAAGAAACCGUUCCAGUGUCAGAAGUGCGGCCGCGGGUUCACCCUAAAGAGAAACAAGGAUCGUCACGUGAACUACGAGUGCGGUCACGAGCCGAGGUUCCAGUGUCCUUACUGCGGUCUCCGUAGCAAGCAAACGUCGCCUGUGUACGCCCACAUCAGGAAGAAGCAUCCGGAAGAGGAGGUGUUUAUCUUCGACAUGAAGCUCUGA